CGGGCUACUCACCAGUGUCACGAGUGUGUUUUAUUUCACUUGUGUCUUGUACACCGUUCAGUAAUCAUGUCUGCUAACCCACGUGUGCUCAUUAAGAAAGUGCUCAUCAGCGAUGCUUGCGAUGCUGCUUGCGCCACUGUCUUAGAAAACAACGGUAUCAAAGUACGAUCAAUGUACAAAUUGUCCACUGAAGCUCUCAUAGAUGAGUUAAAAACUGGGUCGUAUGAUGGGUUGGUAGUUAGAUCCGAAACAAAAGUGACCAAAGAAGUAUUGGAGGCUGGAGCACAGUAUGGCCUGAAGGUUGUCGGUAGAGCCGGUACUGGAGUGGAUAACAUCGACUUGGAGUCGGCAACUAAUAUGGGUGUUUUGGUUCUUAAUACUCCCGGUGGUAAUUCAAACAGUGCGUGCGAAUUAACAUGUACGUUUAUCAUGUCAUUGGCCAGGCAUGUUCCUCAAGGCUGUCAGUCUUUAAAAGAAGGUAGAUGGGACAGAAAGUUAUACAUGGGAACUGAACUUAAAAACAAAACUCUAGCAAUUUUAGGAUUAGGAAGAAUUGGUCGCGAAGUAGCUUAUAGGAUGCAGGCUUUUGGAAUGAAGGUUAUUGGCUACGAUCCUAUUAUAACCAAAGAAUCUGCUGCAGGGUUUGGGGUGGAAUUGCUUAGCCUAGAAGAAAUUUGGCCAAUUUCCGAUUAUAUCACAGUGCAUACACCAUUAAUACCACAAACUAAAAAUCUACUAAACGACGAUGUAUUUAUCAAAUGUAAAAGAGGAGUAAAGAUUAUAAAUGUUGCCAGAGGAGGAAUUGUUGAUGAAGCAGCACUGUAUAGAGCAUUAAAUAAUGGACAGUGCGACGGCGCAGGGUUAGAUGUAUUAACAGAGGAACCGCCUAAGAGCGCUGAACUCAAAAGCCUAAUAGCACAUCCUAAAGUUAUUGCUACUCCUCAUUUAGGUGCUUCUACAUUAGAAGCCCAAAUAAAAGUUGCUGAAGAAGUAGCUCAACAGUUCGUUGCUUUAAGUAAUCCCAACAGCAAGUAUUCAUUGAACGGACUGGUCAAUAAAAUUAAGAACGGUGCUUGACGAGAUUUUUUUUAAGUGUAUAUACUUUUAUACAUGUUGUUUUUGUAAAACUUAGUUGAUUUAUUUAAUUAUGACCCAUAAUAGUUGUUUUAAUAAACACAAUAUUUAAUAUUAUAAACGCUUGUAUGAUAAUAAACGGCUCAUUUAUUAGACUUUA